AUGCGCUGUAGAUCUUGCGUCGGUAAGAUAGAGCGCCAUUUCACCCAACUAUCUGAUAUUAAAACAUCUACCGGACUCCCAACUCCUCGAAUGAUUGGCUGCAGCGUACGACUAGAUCAAGCGGAAGCUGAGUUUACUUUUGUUUUGUCUGCUGCCUCCCCUAGAUUGCCACUUGUUCAACUGGAUGAGUUGAAUUCAGGAUGCCAUACAUGGCGGACAUCUACUACCGAUCUCCCAGUGGCUUGGCUGCAUAAGCAAAUCGAGGAACUCGGGUUUUCGACUGUUAAUCCGGGUGAGCCGUGA